AUGUCUCGCUCGGGCGGUACCACGACUACGAGUACAUUGUCACCGGUAAAGUCCAGCUUAGCGGAACAGCUGGAUAAUCACAAUGCUGGUGAUAAGACUCCGCGCGGACCUUCGGUCACCCCUAAGAAGGCUCGCUCACUUUCGGAUGCACCACAUCCAGUCCUGAUGCAAUCACCUGCGUUCAGAGAACCACGCAGGAUGUCGAAGGACGAUACUCUACUCGAGAGCCCCACGACUCCUCGCAGCACACACACAAGAGGCCUAUCUCUGACGAUGCCAGCCAGAGAAAGCGCUCUGUCACCCAAAUUAGAGGCUUCACACAUCUACGGCUCACCAGCGUCUAUGUUACCGCGGCGAUCAAGAGGUUUGGACUACACAAGGGCUUGCACAAACUUGCACCACUCAACGCUUGCAGAGUCCUCACCAGAUGCAUCACCCAUCACCAGCAGGAUUAACAUUCCUCAAAGGCGCAGUCUUGUUGGGGGCUCCACUGUCCUCGACUCUCCGAGCAAUAUGGCGGGUCAGAUGUGGUCCACUAUGCCUGAGCGAACAGCUCUCUCCUCCUCCGUGAGCAGUAUCAACAUGCUCGAAUCCGACUCUGACAGCACUUCCUCCUCCGAUGACGAUAUGGCGAUCGAUGAUGACCCGAUGCUUUCGACGCCGGGAGCAGCUAGACUCAAAGGCAACGUUAUGGGCGUCACCUUGAACAGUCCAGGCACCGAGUGGAUGCAGCAGUCCCCCGCGCAGAUGAAUUUACAUUCCAAUCUCCUCUCGUUUAGACGACGGGCACGACGGGCCAAGAGCCAACACAGCUCGAGUAGUGUCAGCAUCAAGAGUGGUAGACCCUCCCCAGGACCUCUCUCGCCCGGAAUUGUCAAGAGCGUGGAGACAAAUGGCUAUUUUGGUAGCGGCCUCACUCGCCAGCAAGUUCAGUCUCGACGAGAGUCUCUCAGCCUUGGUACCGAUGCCCUGCAGCUCAGCGACUCCGAAGAAGGCUCGGCUGUCCGACCCAACGCUAUUGGGGCACAUUCAGGCGUCGACGCCGAAGGCCCUCGCGGCGUCAUCAGACGUGCAGUCACUCGCCGCAGCAAUCUUCUUCCCAAAAGCAAGGGCUUUGCUCGCAUCAAAGCCGCCCUCAUCGAAGAGUCCAUGCCCGUCGAUAGCGAAGUGCGCCGGGAAGCCGAGAUCGUCAAGCAAGUCCAAGACAACGAUCCUAACUACUCCCCACCCAAUAAUCACCUCUCUCCAGACCCAGCAGACGACAUUAAGCGCUCCAUCGAAGGCGGCAUGCCCAUCAUACCCAGCACAUCUUCGGACCGCAUAACCACUCCGCCCAUGACCUUCAGCCAGCAAGCCGGCCAGAACUCCUCCUCGGUCGCGGGCCAGAGCUUUUGGGACAACAAUGCCUUCGGCAUCAUCCGCAACGACCGCUACCGCACACCACCUCCUCCCAGUCUACAACCGCGCGACAGCUCCUACUCGGCGUUCAGCGACUCCGAUAUGGCGAGCACAACAGAUAACAGCACGCUCUCCCAAAUCAGCACGACUGUCACUAACAACAACGUCAAUGGCAGCGACAACCUCGCCCUCCGCCACUUCCAGCGCUCCCGCUCACGGUCCACUACACCUCUUGCAGGCGCACCACCCACGGCAGGCGACGUAGCGAGGAGAGUCAACAACAAGCGCCGCCGCGACGACGAUCUCUACGAUAUAGCUGACUUUACCAAGCGACGGGCAGUCAGUCCUGGGUUUCAAAGCGUGCAGAGCAGCCCCGUGCUACCGCAAAGCCCCGUAGCCGCGGCGGCAGACAAGUCCUGGGGGAGACCGCCGUCAAUGUCAUCUAAGGGCGGCACGCACACUCCGAAUGGGCCGAAUGAGAGAAGCAACAGUGGAAGCAGCAAUGUCGGUGGUAGUAGCAACGGGCUUAAGAAGGGCGUGGGCUUGCUGCGGAUGGAUGAGACCAGUGAGGGACUGCUUAGCAUGACAAUUGACUGA